AUGUGUGAGGGAGGAUGGCGUGGGGACGUGGGUUCCAUCCCCGGAGAGCUUGGAGGCCUCGGAAAGGUGCAAAUUGUUCGACUCGACGGGAACAAGCUGACGGGUGAGGGAGAAUGGAACCCGUUGCGAAGCGGGAACAAUCCCGCUCACGAUGCCGUGGAGAGUGGGUCCAUUCCCGAGGCGCUUGGAGCUCUCAGCGUGCUGAAGGUGCUUGCCGUGCACGACAACAAGCUCACUGGGUCCAUCCCGAGAGAGCUUGGAGGUCUCGGCAAGUUGGAACAGCUCUGGCUCAACGGCAACGAACUUUCCGGUUCCAUCCCCGGAGAGCUUGGAGGCCUCGGAAAGGUGCAAAUUGUUCGACUCGACGGGAACAAACUGACCGGGUCCAUUCCCGAGGCGCUUGGAGCUCUCAGCGAGCUGAAGGUGCUUGCCAUGCACGACAACAAGCUCACUGGGUCCAUCCCGAGAGAGCUUGGAGGUCUCGGCAAGUUGGAACAGCUCUGGCUCUACGGCAACGAACUUACCGGUAAGGGAGAGUUAACGUCCAUGUUGCGCGGGAUCAGUGCCUACUGCGACGCCCUAUUUGGCGACCCUCUCUGCGUCUUCGAGUCGCUCAGUUGGAUUGGUGCAUGUUACGGAGCCUUGGCUCAGGUUUGCAGUUGGUUUGUUACAUGA